AUGGCUGAGAGGGACACCAGACCAGAGGGGCUCGCUCCCGCACCCGUUGCGCCAGACCUCACUAUCAAGCCCCCGAACCCGCUGGCUCUGGCAACGAGCAAAAAGGUCGAGAUGGAGGCCAAGAUGCGCGAGACCAAGUGGAACACGACGAACCUGGGCAUGCGCCUAGGCGCCGACUUCAUCAGCGCCGCCUGCGCCGGAACCUUGGUCGCUCCCAUCGUCUCCAUUAUUGAUCGCUCGAUCAUGGAAAACGCCUCCGGCCGCCGCAGUCUGGGCGAAUCCGUAAAGUCCUGCCUCCGCGAACUCGUCCUCCGCCCCCACCACGUCGUCUUCAGCAAACCCUUCGCCCUCAUCUUCGCCCUCUACGGCGGCACCUACCUGACCGCGAACACCCUCGACACCGCCGUCUCGACCGUCCAGAACAAGAGCCCCUCCCACGUCACCGCCGGCACCGGCAAGUUCGCCGCCUCGAGCACCGCCAACAUCGGCAUCUGCAUGUACAAGGACCAGGUCUACGUCCGCAUGUUCGGCCCGCCCGGCGUCACCCCGCGCGCUGUGCCCAUGAUAUCCUACGCCCUCUUCGGCCUGCGCGACUGCUUGACCAUCUUCGCGAGCUUCAACGUCCCGCCACGCAUGGGGCCGUGGCUGAACGAGCGCAUGGGAGAGGAAGUCGCGAAAAAGGUUAGCGGGUUGACCGUCAUGCAGUUCGCGGCGCCGGCCAUGGUGCAGCUCGUGAGCACGCCGCUGCACCUGCUCGGCCUGGACGUGUACAACCGCCCUAGUGCCGCGGGUGCGGUUGUGACGUGGAAGGACCGCUGGCAGAUCGUGGCCAAGAACUGGGGCAUCAGCACAAUGGCGAGAAUCUGCCGUAUCAUCCCGGCAUACGGUGUUGGCGGUGUCGUCAACCGCAAGGUUAGGUUGAGCAUGAUGGAGAAGCUGGAAUGA